AUGCAAAGCGAGUUCGAGCAUGCAAGAAGGGAAGCUGAUGAAGCUCGUGAAGAGUGCGACAGUGUGAAAAGAGAACUCGCGGCUAGAGACGAACAAAGAGUGCAGAGUGAUGAUGCUAGAGUACAAGAAGCACACGAACAAGCGCGAGUAGCGGAAGAAAGAUUCGGGAAAAUGAAAGCUGCUUAUGAGAAAUUCCGACAGGAGCAUGUUGCAGCAUUGACGAAGUUGGGAGAGUUGCAAAAAGAGUUUGCUGCGAGCGAAAAAGCUAGAAUGGACAAAGAAGAGGAGUACACAGCCCUGAAUCGGCGUUUGGAAGAAUCUGAAAAGAACAACCAAGCAUUAUCAAGUAAGGUUGAAGGUGAUGCUGUAGCGGUAGACGAAUUACGAUCUCAGCUAGCGAAGGCCGAUAUUGAUAUGGAGGAUCUGCGACGGAAUAUGGAGAAUCUCAAAGCUGCUCACAAAUCCGAAUUGGUUACUGCAUCUGAUCGCUUUGUGGAUGAGAAAGCUGAACUCGAGAAGAAAAUGAAUGGGAUGAUUCGUGCCGCAGUGUUAGCCAUGCUUUCUCGUUGUGAAGAAGAACUUCCCAAUGCUAGCACUAUCACUUAUCCGCCUCAUCUUGCGAUCUCCGCACUCACGGCUCUUGUUACUUUGAUGGGCGAGAAGAAGCCAGCUUGCAUGGGUGACACCAUUGUUUUGGCGCACGACACAGUCGUAGUAGUGACUGCUUGCGCAGCAGCGGCUUACACUGCGUCAAUUCAGCAUUUUGAUGGUGGGUCAUCUGUAUAG